AUGGACGCCAACCACACUCACCAUUGCUGUUGCUCCCGCCGGGAGGGCCCCCAGUCGCCCUUGCUUACCCCAUCACCAGGCCCUCUUACUAGAUCACUCCCCAGCACCCAGUCGCUCGCUUCCGCUUUGAGCCCGGGUGCCUCGACACCAGGCUCGUGGACCGCCCAUCCGUGGUCUCCGGAAAGCGCAAACACUUCACCGCCUAGCACACGGUCAGGCUCGCCAGAACUCAAGGUGAGGUUUCAGACUGAGAAGGUCGAGACUGCUCCACGAGUAGAUGUGGCUGAGGUGCUGCCUACUGUGACCAAGUCAGUGAAGAGCAUCUGCUUCGUUGGCGCAGGAUUUGUUGGUGGACCAACUGCCGCCGUCAUUGCCUACCACAACCCAGACAUCACGGUCAACGUUGUUGAUCUGAACGAGCAGCGAAUUGCGGCUUGGAACUCGAGCCAGCUCCCAAUUCACGAGGAUGGUUUGUUGAAGGUUGUAAGGACAGCUCGCGAUGGUACGGUAGACACCAUGGUGAAGAUUCCGGGGCUUCCCAGAUCCUUCAAGCUCGACGCUCGCAGCCCCAACCUGGUAUUCUCAACCAAGGUGAACGAAGCCAUCGAGGUGGCCGAUGUCAUCUUCAUCUGCGUCAACACACCCACCAAGACCUAUGGUCUGGGAGCCGGGUCGAUGGCCGAUAUCAGCAUGGUGGAAAGUGCUAGCAGGACCGUCGCGCAACACGCCAAGAAGGGAGCCAUCAUUGUCGAAAAGAGUACUGUCCCAUGCGGCACAGCUCGUGUCAUUCAAGAUAUUUUCAAAUACUACCGCCCCAAUGACGAGUUUGAGAUUCUAUCGAACCCCGAGUUCCUGGCCGAGGGCACCGCCGUCGAGAACCUCAUGCACCCGGAUCGCAUCCUCAUUGGCAGUGCCCGCACCUUGGCCGGCAUGAAAGCGGCCGAGAGUCUCAAGAACGUAUAUGCCGCGUGGGUUCCUCAAGAACGUCUCAUUACCGUCAACACCUUUAGCAGUGAGCUGUCGAAGCUUGUCGCCAACACGAUGCUGGCCCAGCGUAUCAGCAGCAUGAACGCUGUGAGCGCCAUGUGCGAGGAGAUUGGUCUGGGAUCGGACGUGGACGAUGUCAGCCUGGCCCUCGGGCAGGAUUCACGAAUCGGGCCCAAGUUCCUCCAGGCAGGUGUGGGUUUUGGUGGAUCUUGUUUUGAGAAGGAUAUCCUCAACCUCUCGUAUCUGGCAAGGGAGCUGCACCUGGAUGUGGUCGCCGACUACUGGCUGGGUAUUCUGAAGAUCAACGAGUAUCAGCGUGAGAGGUAUGCGCACAGGGUUGUCAAGGAGUUGAACGGAUCGCUGCGCGGAAAGAAGAUUUCCGUGCUGGGCUUCGCUUUCAAGGACGGCACCAACGACACGCGCAACAGCAUUGCGGUGCACAUCAUCAAGAGCCUGGCGGAGGAGAUGCCGUUGGAGAUUGGCAUCUUCGACCCUGGGUGCGCCGCAAACGAGAUCAUGGAGGAGAUUGAGAAGAUCGGCUUGACCAAGGCGCAACUGGAGCGUGUCAAGAUUUGCAGCAACUGGCGCGAAUCUGUCAAGCAAGCGAGCGCUGUGUGCAUCCUGACCCAGUGGAAGCAGUUCCGCGGCGCCCAGCUCGGUCGCUCGACAAAGAAACCCGUCAAGACACCGUCUCAGCCACUGACCAAGACCUUUGUUAACGGCAAGCUCACCGAGAUGGCCAUCUUGGAGCUGGAGGCCAUGGUUGCGCGCGACCUCAACAUUACCGACGAGGACCCUCUCCACAGACUCAAGCCCGAGGCUACUGCUGAAGGAUUCGAGAUCUUUGGUUUGGCGGCAUCCAUGCUGGAGGAGAUCAGUCAGGAACCAGUCAACUGGGCCGAGGCGGCGUCGCUGAUGCAGGAACCCCGAUGGGUGUUUGACGGUCGCAACGUCGUCGAUCCCAUUGAGCUCCAAUCGCUCGGGUUCAAGGUCCGCGGCAUCGGCAAGUGA